UUGGCAUUCAGAAGAGGAAACUUGCUCUUUUCUUUGAUUUUUGUCAUAUUUCUUUGGACAGAGAAGCAUCUGAGAUGUUCUCAGAACUGGGUAAUAAGAAUUAUGACUCUCCUCAUCAUGAUACCUAGCUGUCUUCAGAGACAGCUAAAAACAAUUGGGUUGAUUAUGGGUGAUGGAGGCAUAUAUGGGGAGGCAGUUUCAUCUCUAGAACUUGUAGGCAUGAUAAGACAGACUUCUGAGUACAGAAAUUUCUUGCUAGAUUCAUCUAUGAUUUUGUGGAUCUUUAUAUUAAAGCAGUAGAUGAUAGCUUUAGAUUAAUUUCUUAACAUUCUUUUCGGUGUGUUUGCUGGUAAAGGAAUAUAGUGACUUUAUAACGUGAUAUGAGGAUCAAUGAUGCAGACUGCUGGGUUUGAUGAAGCUGGGCGUUUUUAACUAGAUUCAUUGAGGAAUACAAAGAAUAUAUUUAAAGGGAUCAAUAAUGGUGUCUUCUGGUUGCAGAAUGCGAAGUCUGUGGUUCAUCAUUAUAAUCAGCUUCUUACCGAACACAGAAGGUUUCAGCAGAGCAGCUUUACCAUUUGGGUUAGUUAGGCGAGAACUGUCCUGUGAAGGUUAUUCUAUAGAUCUGCGAUGUCCGGGCAGUGACGUCAUCAUGAUUGAGAGCGCUAACUAUGGUCGGACAGACGACAAGAUAUGUGAUGCUGACCCAUUUCAGAUGGAGAAUACAGACUGCUACCUCCCAGAUGCCUUCAAAAUUAUGACUCAAAGGUGCAACAAUCGAACACAGUGUAUAGUAGUUACUGGGUCAGAUGUGUUUCCUGAUCCAUGUCCUGGAACAUACAAAUAUCUUGAAGUCCAGUAUGAAUGUGUCCCUUACAUUUUUGUGUGUCCUGGGACUUUGAAAGCAAUUGUGGACUCACCAUGCAUAUAUGAAGCUGAACAAAAGGCAGGUGCUUGGUGCAAGGACCCUCUUCAGGCUGCAGAUAAAAUUUAUUUCAUGCCCUGGACUCCCUAUCGUACCGAUACUUUAAUAGAAUAUGCUUCUAUAGAAGAUUUCCAAAACAGCCGCCAAACAACAACGUACAAACUUCCAAAUCGAGUCGAUGGUACUGGAUUUGUGGUGUAUGAUGGUGCUGUCUUCUUUAACAAAGAAAGAACAAGGAAUAUUGUGAAGUUUGACUUGAGGACUAGAAUUAAGAGUGGAGAGGCCAUAAUUAACUACGCCAACUACCACGACACCUCACCAUAUAGGUGGGGAGGAAAGACUGAUAUCGACCUAGCUGUCGAUGAAAACGGCCUGUGGGUCAUUUAUGCCACUGAACAGAACAAUGGAAUGAUAGUUAUUAGCCAGCUGAACCCGUACACUCUGCGAUUUGAAGCAACGUGGGAGACUGUGUACGACAAACGCGCCGCGUCGAAUGCUUUUAUGAUCUGCGGAGUCCUCUACGUGGUCAGGUCAGUCUAUCAAGACAAUGAGAGCGAGACGGGCAAGAACGCCAUCGACUACAUUUACAACACCCGCUUAAACCGGGGCGAGUAUGUGGACGUGCCCUUCCCCAACCAGUACCAGUAUAUUGCUGCAGUGGAUUACAAUCCCAGAGAUAACCAGCUCUACGUGUGGAACAACAACUUCAUUUUACGAUACUCUCUGGAGUUCGGCCCACCUGACCCUGCCCAAGUGCCUACCACAGCUGUGACAAUAACUUCUUCAGCUGAGCUGUUCAAAACCACAGUAUCAACCACAAGCACUACUUCACAGAAAGGCCCCAUGAGCACAACUGUAGCUGGAUCACAGGAAGGAAGCAAAGGGACCAAACCACCUCCAGCAGUUUCUACAACCAAAAUUCCUCCUGUAACAAAUAUUUUUCCCCUGCCAGAGAGAUUCUGCGAAGCAUUAGAAUCGAGGGGGAUAUGGUGGCCUCAGACACACAGGGGAGUGAUGGUUGAACGGCCAUGUCCCAAGGGAACAAGAGGAACGGCCUCGUAUCUCUGCAUGGCUUCCACUGGAACAUGGAACCCUAAGGGCCCCGAUCUCAGCAACUGCACCUCACACUGGGUGAAUCAGCUGGCUCAGAAGAUCAGAAGUGGAGAAAAUGCUGCUAGUCUUGCCAAUGAGCUGGCUAAACAUACCAAAGGGCCGGUGUUUGCUGGGGAUGUGAGUUCUUCAGUGAGGCUGAUGGAGCAGUUGGUGGACAUUCUGGAUGCACAGCUGCAGGAGCUGAAACCGAGUGAAAAAGAUUCAGCUGGACGGAGUUAUAACAAGCUCCAAAAACGAGAGAAGACAUGCAGGGCUUACCUUAAGGCAAUUGUUGACACAGUGGACAACCUUCUGAAACCUGAAGCUCUGGAAUCCUGGAAGCACAUGAAUUCUUCGGAGCAAGCACACACUGCAACAAUGUUACUGGAUACCUUGGAAGAAGGAGCUUUUGUCCUGGCUGACAAUCUGGUAGAACCAACCAGAGUCUCAAUGCCCACAGAAAAUAUUGUUCUGGAAGUUGCAGUACUCAGUACAGAAGGACAGGUCCAAGACUUCAAAUUUCCUCUGGGCAUCAAAGGAGCAGGCAGCUCAAUCCAGCUCUCUGCAAACACUGUCAAACAGAACAGCAGGAAUGGACUUGCAAAGUUGGUGUUCAUCAUUUACCGGAGCCUGGGACAGUUCCUCAGUACAGAAAACGCAACCAUAAAACUGGGUGCUGACUUUAUUGGUCGUAAUAGCACCAUUGCGGUGAAUUCCCACGUCAUUUCAGUUUCAAUCAAUAAAGAAUCCAGCCGAGUAUACUUGACAGAUCCUGUGCUUUUCACCCUGCCACACAUUGAUCCUGACAAUUAUUUCAAUGCAAACUGCUCCUUCUGGAACUACUCAGAGAGAACCAUGAUGGGAUAUUGGUCUACCCAGGGCUGCAAGCUGGUUGACACUAAUAAAACUCGUACAACGUGUGCAUGCAGCCACCUAACCAAUUUUGCAAUUCUCAUGGCCCACAGAGAAAUUACAUACAAAGACGGAGUUCACGAAUUACUCCUUAGAGUCAUCACCUGGGUGGGAAUUGUUAUUUCCCUUGUUUGCCUGGCCAUCUGCAUUUUUACCUUCUGCUUCUUCCGUGGCCUACAGAGUGACCGUAAUACAAUUCACAAGAAUCUUUGUAUCAACCUUUUCAUUGCUGAAUUUAUUUUUCUAAUAGGCAUUGAUAAGACAGACUACAGGAUCGCAUGCCCAAUAUUUGCAGGACUUCUACACUUUUUCUUUUUGGCUGCUUUUGCCUGGAUGUGCUUAGAAGGUGUGCAGCUCUACCUAAUGUUAGUUGAAGUUUUUGAAAGUGAAUAUUCAAGGAAGAAAUAUUACUAUGUUGCGGGUUACUUGUUUCCUGCCACAGUGGUUGGAGUUUCAGCUGCUAUCGACUAUAACAGCUAUGGAACAAAAAAAGCUUGCUGGCUUCAAGUUGAUAACUAUUUUAUAUGGAGUUUCAUUGGACCUGUUUCUUUCAUUAUUCUGCUAAAUAUUAUCUUCCUGGUGAUCACGUUGUGCAAAAUGGUGAAGCAUUCAAACACCCUGAAACCCGACUCGAGCAGGUUGGAAAACAUUAAGUCCUGGGUGCUCGGCGCGUUCGCUCUCCUGUGUCUCCUCGGCCUCACCUGGUCGUUCGGGCUGCUGUUCGUCAACGAGGACACUGUGGUCAUGGCCUAUCUCUUCACCGUGUGCAACGCCUUCCAGGGCUUGUUCAUUUUCAUCUUCCACUGCGCCCUCCAGAAGAAAGUGCGGAAAGAAUACGGCAAGUGCUUCAGGCACUCGUACUGCUGCAGCGGCCUCCCGACCGAGAGCCCCCACAGCUCGGCCAAGGCGUCCACCAGCAGGACCAGCGCUCGCUACUCCUCCGGCACGCAGAGUCGUAUAAGAAGGAUGUGGAAUGACACUGUGAGAAAACAAUCUGAAUCUUCUUUUAUCUCAGGUGACAUCAAUAGCACUUCAACACUUAAUCAAGGACAUUCACUGAACAAUGCCAGGGAUACAAGUGCCAUGGAUACUCUACCGCUAAAUGGUAACUUUAACAACAGCUACUCACUGCGCAAAGGGGACUAUCACGACAGCGUGCAGGUCGUGGACUGUGGACUGAGUCUGAAUGACACCGCUUUUGAGAAGAUGAUCAUUUCAGAGUUAGUGCACAACAACCUGCGGGGCGGCGGCAAGACUCACCACCUCGAGCUCACGCUCCCCGUCAAGCCCGGCAUCGGAGGGAGCAGCAGCGAGGACGACGCCAUCGUGGCCGACGCGUCGUCUUUGAUGCACGGGGACAACCCGGGGCUGGAGCUGCACCCCAAGGAGCUCGAGGCGCCGCUCAUCCCCCAGCGGACUCACUCGCUCCUGUACCAGCCGCAGAAGAAGGCGAAGGCGCAGGGCACCGACAGCUACGCGUCCCAGCUGACGGCCGAGGCCGAGGACCACCUGCAGUCGCCCAACAGAGACUCUCUGUACACGAGCAUGCCCAACCUCAGGGACUCUCCCUACCAGGAGAGCAGCCCGGACCUGGAAGAGGACCUGUCGCCCUCCCGGCGGAGCGAGAGCGACGACGUUUACUACAAGAGCAUGCCCAACCUGGGGGCCGGCCACCAGCUGCGCCCGUGCCACCCGCUGGGCAGGGGCAACAGCGACGGCUACAUCAUCCCCAUCAACAAGGAGGGCUGCGUUCCCGAGGGCGACGUCAGGGAAGGGCAGAUGCAGCUGGUGACGAGCCUCUGAUCGCGGCCGGGAACGCCCGGGCCACCGGCGAGGGCUCGGGAAGCCGGACCCCGCGGCCCCGCGCGGUUCCCUCGGACUCUGCCCGAGGCGCCCGCCUGGUCACCCGUGGCUCCCUCCAGUGUAAAGAAAGAUGACUGAACCUUGCCGUUCCGUGAAUUUUUAUAAAACGUACAAAAAAAAAAACUUUGUAUAUACACAGAGUAUACUAAAAUGAAUUAUUUGUUACAAAGAAAAGAGAUGCCAACCAGGUAUUUUAAGAUUCUGCUGCUGUUUAGAGAAAUUGUGAAACGAGCAAAACAGAACUUUCCAGCCAUUUUACUUGCAGCAGUUUGCGAACUAAAUUUGUAAAUAUGGCUGCACCAUUUUUUGUAGGCCUGCAUUGUAUUAUAUACAAGACGUAGGCUUUAAAAUCCUGUGGGACAAAUUUACUGUACCUUACUGUUCCUGACGAGACUUGGAAAAGCAGGAGAGAUAUUCUGCGUCAGUUUGCAGUUCACUGCAAGUCUUUUACAUUAAGGCAAAGUUUGAAAACAUGUUUAACCACUAGCAAUCAAGCCACAGGCCUUAUUUCGUAUGUUUCCUCAACUGUACAAUGAACUAUUCUCAUGAGAAAAAAAAAUGGCUAAAGAAAUUAUAUUUUGUUCUAUUGCUAGGGUAAAAUAAAUACAUUUGUGUCCAACUGAAAUAGAAUUGUCAUUAAAAUAAUUUUAAAGGGUUUGAAGAAAAUAUUGUGAAAAAGCUCUUGGUUGCACAUGUUAUGAAAUGUUUUUUCUUACACUUUGUCAUGGUAAGUUCUACCCAUUUUCACUUACUUUCCACUGUAUACAGCGUUCUGCUUUGACAUGUUAGUUUUUAUCCUUACAUUGAAGUUUCUUAUUGCCAAAAGAGCGCGUUUUAUGGGGAGCAAGCUCUUUGAAGCCAGUUACGCCAUGCCUUGCACAAAUGUGGUGAAAUCUAGAGAGAUGGGGUGUCACCCUCUGUUUAGUCUGGAACAGAGGGCAGAGAGCGCACUGGGCACUUCUCACAAACUUUCUCGUGAACAAAAAGGUGCCUAUUCUUUUUUUUUAAAUAAAAUAAAACAUAAAUAUUACUCUUCCAUAUUCCUUCUGCCUAUAUUUAGUAAUUAAUUUAUUUUAUGAUAAAGUCUAAUGAAAUGUAAAUUGUUUCAGCCAAAUUCUGCUUUUCUUUUCAUCCCUUUGUGUAAACCUGUUAAUAAUGAGCCCAUCACUAAUAUCCAGUGUAAAGUUUAACACGGUUUGACAGUAAAUAAAUGUGAAUUUUUUCAAGUAGUUAACAUGUGCACUUUUAUGUAUGAUACACAAUUGGCUUUAACACGCUGGUCCUUUCCUACUCCUCCCCCUUGGAUAUGUUUAGAUCCCUUCAUCAUAUAACCCAUGGGUAUGUGAAGGAAUACAAUUAAGUUACCUGAUGGUUUUAUAUGCUAAAAAGUAUAUAUUUGUAUUCUGAUUACCUAUUACCCAUGCUCAAAAUUUGGCCCAUACGUUUCAAUCGGGAAUAUAUUGAAAGCUGUUUUUGUUUGUUGGAUUGCACCAGAACUUAAAAAAGAACAGUGGAAAAAAGAAGGGUUGCAAAUUCUACAGUCAAAUUGAGGAGCAUAAAAAAAAAAAAAUUGAUUUUUCAGCAUUAUUGAAGACAUUCCUAAAACAUACUUUUACAGUUUGAGGAUUAUAAGUAUCCCUAUAGGGAGCUGCGAAUGACAAUAUUUGUUAUCGUGGAAAGGUUUAAAAAUCAUAUAAUUGAAUCUCAACAAAUAGAUUUUUUCCUGUCCACAUCAUAAGUGUUUAUACCAAAUUCUUCUACAGCUUAGUGGUUCUUUCCAGUGCUCCUACCAAGUUAGAAAUCACUUUAUUUUAUGGGGACACACUUAGUCAUGCCUGUUGAGUUUAAAAAGAGUAAUGAGAAAAAAAUUUUCAAGUAUAUAUUUAUAUAUCUAAAUGUGGAUAUAGUAAGGUAGACACUAUAUAACAGAGUAUCAAUAUUUAAUAGUAGGGUAACCAUGGAGGAGUAUAUUCACAUGUAGUUAAUACCUAACAAGCUGGAGAUUGACUAUAAGAAAUUAUAUUUCUAUUCAAACAGAUUUAAUUCUCUGAGGAUAGUCAUAUUUCUUUGGCUAAAAUUCUUUAGCCACUUACAGAAUUUUAUUUGCUGGAAGGGGGUAUUAUAGAAUCAAACAUUUUCUGUUUUAUAUUUCUUUCCUUUCAAAGCCUGAAACUAUACAGUGUUGUGUGAUAUGUACUUCCCAGGAUACAAACUAUGUUAGGAUCAGGUUGGUUCAUUAAUGAAUUACCAAUUAAAACCCCCACACAGCAUUGAUUAUUCAGUUAGAGCUGUUUCUCUUGAAGCAGUUCUUAAAACUGGUAUGGGAACAAGUACCUUUUAAAAGUACAUGUUCUCUUUUAACAAAGUAAUUUAUUUUGAGUCUUUAUAUUAGAGAAUACAAUUUGGAAGGUAUCAUUCAUCUUUGCCACUAAAAGAAAAAUUGUUUUGAAAACAGAUUUCUUUGUAAAAAUACAUCAGUGUUGCCUUAAAUUCCAUCUAGGCUGCCUCCUAGUAACAAGUUAAUUUCUUAAGUUUAAAAUUAUUAAUCUACUGUCUGAUGCAUUACUCUGUUUAUUAGCCCAGUAGGUUCUCGGGGUCUGCCCAGACUUCACCUGGAUACACAGUGUCUACAUCCUUGAUUGUUUCUCUUUGUGAUAGUCACAACUGUGAACUUUUAUAAAGUCACAUUAUUGUACCUCUUCCCAGGGACAGUUACUCUGCUGGUCU